ACAGCUUUAAAAGGAAAGUGCCUGCUGUUCUGUUUGGUUUCAGAAAAUUUGGCAACAGGAUGUACUUGAUUCUGUUUAUUUUUGGGAAUUUUCUGACCACAGUCACUGUCAAUGGGGCUGAUACAAGCCUUAACCUGCUCUGUACCAACAACUAUGAAGAAUUAAUGUCCUGUAACUUUUACGCACAGAAUUGUUCUGAAUACAGGAUGACUCUUGUCAACGAUGAAGUGACGCAGAAGUGCAGCUUCAGUCCAUGUGACAGAGGAUGUUGUUGCUCCAUCAAUAUGGUCCUGGUUCUUGGGGAGGUUUUUAGAGCCACUGUUCUGAAAGGAAACCAGAGUGUGGAGUCUAAACAGAUCAGCAUCCAAGACAGCAUAAAACCUAAAACUCCAUCAAUCGUCUCAGUGGAAGAAUUCAAAGGUAAUUUUGAGAUUCAUUGGAAGACAAAUGUAGUUAGAAGAUCCAUCCUGGAUGAUCUGAAGGCUGUGGUGACUUAUUGGAAAAAAGGAACAAAUGAAACGCAGAAAACUGAAAAUUUAACGGCAAACAUAAAUAAGCUGAGCUUCCAUGAAAUCAGUGGUCGAGACUUGGAGCCAAGUACAACGUAUGUGGUCAGUCUGAAGACCUACACACCUCUGAGUGGCAGAUUUAGUGACAGCAGCAAUGAGAUGGAAUUUACAACUACUAUGUCUCCUUUCAGUCUGAAAAUGGUUAUUAUUUCUGGCCUCAGUAUUGCUGCAGUCAUCAUCAGUUGUGCAAUAUUUGGCUGUUAUGUGAAGCUGAAAACAAUUUGGGAGGAAAGAGCUGCCAAAUGCCAAAAAACAAAAAUAAUUCAUAUACAAGCAAAGACAGCAGAGAUAAUCUCAUCUGGGUUGCCUUUCAACUUUUUUUGUGUUGAACAUGAUGUUCCAGACGCAGACAAAACAGGGUCACAGGAGUCACUGAUGUACAGCAGCUGUGGGAGUCCUAAUACUAGUGGAAUCACCACAGACAUAUCAUAUCAGCAGUGCAACAGUGCAGAUUGUGGGGGCUCUUCGUAUGCAGAAGACCCCAUAGUCGUGUCUCUCAAGUGAAACUGAUGCAACCGUGUCCCAGUGCGACAACUGUAAUGAACUGUGAUUCUAUGAAGCAAAAAUACCACAUAUGAAGAGGUCACUGGAUGUAAUGAAAAUCCCUGCCAUGGUGGUGUUCCUCAGAACUUACACAGCUCUGGAUUAUGAUUCUUCCCAGAGGACUUCAGGGGAGGCAUGGCAUGAGAAAAAAUAAACCUGAAUAAAAAAGAAAAAAAGUGUAAAGUGGUUAGCUAACUACAGUACAUGCAAGGGACAAAAUGCAUUGAUUUUUAGUACCUCAAGUGGAAGUGAGAGAGGACACAAAGUCUGGGCCGAGCAGAAAAUGGAGGGAGUGCGACCUUGAUUAUUUUAAGUUUGGCUUUUCAUGUAUUGGUCCUGAUGAUGCUCUGCUGUUACAGUGUGUUAUUUGUAAAGAGGUGCUAACUAACAAAAGUAUGCGACCAUAUAAACUCCAGUGUCAUAUUGAAACUAAGCACCAAUGUGGCAACAUAGGCUAUCAGUUUAUUGCUGUUAUGGAAAGGAUUUAAGCAUGAUAUUGAGACAGUAUUAUGAAAAGCAGCGGUGUGGUGUGGAGUGAUGAUAAAAUGUCUGACUGAUGUUGAUCUAUUCAUUAUUAUUCAUUAUGUAAUUUGAGAAAUUGCACAAAUAGACCUCAAAAUGUAUGAUUUUGGUGAAUUGAGGUUAGGGCUAUUGCUAACUGCUUUCAAUUUA